CCGCGCCCCGCGCCCCGCGCCCCGUCCACAGCGCCUCCUCCAUCCCCUCGGCCAUUCUCCUUCCCGGCGGAGGGACUCCCAAACGGCGAUGUUCUCCCUGAAGGGCACGCGUGGAAUCCCCUCUCUCGGACUCCUUGCCCAACGCAUUCUCCCUCCUCCGGCUGCCUUCCGGCCUCCUCUCGCGGCGGCCCUGUUGAGCACCCUCGCUGAGCGCUCGCCCGCACCCUCUCCGUCGCCCGCCCGCCGUCGCCCCGCGCCGGCCGCUUGCUCCUCCGGCCGCUGCAUUCCUCGCCGACCGACAUCCCCACACACCACGGCUCCCACCAUCGCCACGGCUGGUGUUCUUCCUCGCUCGACUGUUGAUCUCCGCGAUCGCGAGCACUCGCUGCGCAUUCUCCGGACCCUGGCCGAAUCCAGCGCCCGGAUAUACCCCCUCCUGACCCCCUCUUCGGACGCAAGCGCACCCUGCCACGCCGGCACCUGUGCCUGUAGCGACGACCUCCCCCCAACCAUGAUGGCCUCUCCGCCAGCCUCGGCCGAGGAGCUGUUUGCCCCGCGUCUGCCGCUCGGGCAGAGCAUCACCUCGUCUGCCGGGUCGCUUGACCUGGCCGCGGCAACCGAAGCCGCCGCCUCGGCUGGUCUGGUGGAUCCACUGCAGCCGGCCGCCGGGGCAGCUCCCCUUCCCUCCAGCGUGGACUCCAGCGCCGCCGAGGCCACCACCUUCUACCGCCGGCCGCUCCCGGAGAUCCUGGUGUCCUUCCAAUCGGACGAGGGGAAACGCCACUUCCGCAAUGCCAUGGAAACCAAGUAUCUUGAGGGGUAUUUCGGCCUGGCCAGCAAUUUCCUCACCCAAGCCGAGCCCGCCUUUUGCGGCCCCGCCUGCUUGGCCAUGGUACUGAACACCUUUGGCAUCGAUCCCGGGCGCAAGUGGAAGGGCAAUUGGCGGUGGUUUUCCGAGGAGAUGCUCGACUGCUGUGCUCCCCGGUCGCGGAUACUUGAGAGUGGCAUCACAUUCAGCGAGUUUGCCUGCCUUGCCCAGUGCAAUGGCCUCCAUGCCGAGUCACACCUUGCCGAGCAAAGCUCCUACGAAGAGUUCCUCAGCGCCAUCAAGCGCGCGUGCUCCUCCGAGGACACGGUUUGUGUCAUUUCCUACUCGCGCGCCACUCUGCAGCAAACCGGCGAUGGGCACUUCAGCCCCAUCGGCGCGUAUGAUCCGAUCGAAAACAAGGCCCUUGUGCUGGACGUCGCCCGGUUCAAGUAUCCCUCCUACUGGGUCCCGGUCGACCUGCUGUGGGAGUCCCUCCGGCCGUGUGACUCGGUCACUGGCCGCUCGCGAGGGUACUUCCUGCUGAGUCGCUCAUCCUUGAAGUCCGGCUCGGUGGAAACCCUCGACCGGCUGGGGCUCAAGCUGUCGGAAUCCUGGCCGGCCAUCGCGGCCACCCUGCGCGAUGUGCGUUUUCAACUGGAACAGCAGGCCCUCGAGGAGGCUGGCGCUUCGUCGGGGACCCCGCUGCCGGAACACUCGCCGGUCCUGUCGCCCUGCAAUCUGUCGGCCCCGGGCACCGCUGCGGCCGCGGCCGUCGUGGCUGCUACCGCCACCCAGGCUGGGGCUGCCGCCGCCGCCGCCGCCGCCGCCGCCGAGGCCGAGGUUCUGGCCCUGCGUCGAGCCUUGGAACUUGUGACGGCCAGCGUGCUGGCGGUCCUGCCACGCAUGGCCCCGGUCCGGCUGCCGCCGGCCGCCCUGGCCACCGAGCCCACCCCCCUGGAGCUGGAUGCCAUGGCGCAUCCACUUUAUCCGAUGGUGGCCAGCCUGGUGCAGGCCCACUCGCUGGAUGUGCUCUUCCCCCCGGGGUCCAAUGGCGGGGGGGCCGGUGCUUCCCCCGACAUGAGCCCUCCUCUUGACGUGGCCACCCUCACGCCCUGUCGGCUUGCCGCGGCGCAGUCGCUCAUUUCGGCGCCUCACCUGCUGGCCCUGCUGCUGGCCGUGCCAAACUGGCUGUAUCCGCGCAUCCUGGUCCGGGUAUUCGAGUCCUCGCUGCCGCUGGCGGUUGUCGCGGACCCGGCCACCGCCACCGCCUGCCAGGACGCUGCCGCUGCCGCCCCGCGCCUGACCGCGCUGCUGGAUGAGAUCGGCCACCUGCGCAAUCACAUUGCCUCCUUCGAGGUGCUCAACGAGUGCGGCUGCAAGUGUCCCUCCACCAAGACCGGCAAUGUCCCGGUGGCGAGCAAGCGCCUGUCCGAUCAGUGA